AUGCAGCUUAGAUAUUUUAUAUAUGGUGCUGACGGAAUUUCAAUAUCGAAAAGUUUCAUUCAUUCGUUUUUAGUACUAGCGACAGCAUGCCUGACAUUGAUUUACGCCCCUCGACUCGCCUUCCACACAACCAUGAUCUGCGAGAAAAACGAAAACUCUUGUGAGUCAAAGUUGGAAAAUAAUUUGAACAAAAAUGAACAGAAUAAGAAUUUCAUUUGCAGCUUUGGAGUACUUGACCGACAAAGACCUUUUGGCCUUGACAAAACAAUCGGUCGCCUAUGGACUUUUGCUGGCUUUUAUCCCUUUUACUGCGGCACAUGUUUUGGGGACCAGGUAUAUAACCUACGCUCAAAUCGCUUCGAAACAAGAAAUCACAGAGCCAAAUAGGAUUAUUUUUAUUUUCGUUUUGAAACUUGUAUUGCUUAUUUAUUAUAUUUCUCAAAACUUUUUAGCUUUGUGCAGGAAGAUUUUAAUAGGAAAAAAAAAUGCGAAAUGAAAUUCGACCAUAUUCCGUGUAUCUAGCCUGGUUUUUUUAAUAUAUAUAUAUACAUUAUCUUUUUAAAGAUAAUGUAUAUAUAUAUAUAUAUACAUUAUCUUUUACUAUGUACAACUAAUUAAUAAACAAAAAAUGUGCAAAAAUAUCAUAGCUAAAUUCAAAUUCCUUUGUAUAUAAAAGUUUGACUCACGAUGGUUUGUGCUUUGAAAGGAGGCUGACAAGGAAACUUUCAGAAUAGUGGUGACGAUAUCAGGCUUUGUUGCUGCAAGUGCUUGUGCCGCCUAUCCUUUCGUCCAAUCCUACGGUUACUUCCUUCCGGUUUUCCUGCUCAGAGCGAUCCAGGUAGCUUUAUCAGCCUUAAGCCGUCAACACCAAGGACCCGUCAGGGAGCUCCUCUUGUCACUUUACUGUGGGUAAUCGCACGAGUCUCGCAUGAAUGGGCUCCAAAAAAGGAAAUUGGCCAUUCGAUCGCGCUUUUGUCGUCAGUUUAUCAGGUUUUACUAUUUCCUUCCAACUCGAAAUUGUCCGUAUAUCAGUUGGCUCCGCUUCUCGCCCCUUGGCUCUCUUCGGUCAUGUGUAGCUGGGGCGACUGGCGCUACACUUAUUACGUUCUGGCUGUAGCCUGUUUUCUCGUACACCUCUUGUUCUUUAUGUUCUACACGGAUGACGUCUCUAAAAACAGGUUAGAAAGUAAACUCGGAUCGAACUCUGACACACCCUUCCAGGUUUAUAAAAACCGAGGAGGUCGAGAAAAUAACACAAGGCAAGGCAAGUGGUGAUGAUGAAAAACUCGGAAAUAUCCCAUAUGUCGCAAUUCUAAAAGACGUCACCGUUUGGGCGCUGUGGAUAGUCACUUUAGGCUAUUUCUUGGCCAUACUCACUUUUCUGCAAUGGGGGUCUCUCUACAUCACACAGGCUGAUGACAAGAAACGAGGCUAAUUUGGCUAACUGCACAUUUUUUUUCAGGCUCUCGGAUUUCCAGUUCAAACCGCCGGAGCCAGUCAGGCCCUCACUCAGAUUCUCUGUUUGAUUUUAAAAUGUGUACUGGCAAAUCGACUCGAUGCCAGUUCUACAGAUGCUUCGAAGAAACUUAAAGUCGCAUUUAUAGUCGUCGAGGCGCCGGCUCUAGCUUUCCUAGCGAUAGCGUAUUAUGUAAGACAACACAGAAAACACCGAGUCAAAUAAGAACCAUUUCAGAGCUCUAACGAGAUUUUGAAAUUGGUUUCCAUUUCUUUGUUCACUGCUGUUCACGGAAUCGCGGUCGUUGUCGUCAUCAAAACUCAAGUUUUGGUUUGUGUUUUAUCAAAGUUGAACCGAAACAUUUUCAGGGUUUUUUUUUCUUGCACAGUUUUGACAGAGCGUAUCGAAAAAUUGAAUCCUAUGAACAGCGAAAAAAAAAAGAUGCGGAAUAAAACGACGUUUCAUUCAGCUCAUAAUUGAAAUUUCAAUAUUCUACUCAAAAUUGUACGAAAUUCUGUCUUUUAGAGAUUCGAAUCCUGAUUUUUUCGGUGGAAGUUUGUUGGAAUAAGGUAACAACUCACUUUGUUAACGUCAAUCAAAGUUUAAUGUCGUUAGCUUUUCUCAAAGAACAGUAUCUCAUAUUUCGUACACACUUUAAAAAAGUCAUCCGAAAUCAUCAUAGCGACAUAUAUAUAUAUAUAUAUAUAUAACUAAAUGGAGAAAAAAAGCAAAAAAAUUAUAAGAGAAAAAGUUUUUUUAUAAAUUUAACAAAAUCUCAUAGAGCUAGGAAGCACUCAACGAUUAAAGAGGCCAGACGUCACUAUUCUUUGAAAUGUCUAGACAUGAAUUGUUUUCGAAGAAAGCAUUAAAAGUCUUAGAGGGCAGAUAUGCCGGAGACGUAUCCUCUCAAUAUUUGAACAUCAAUGAUUUUUUUUUUUAGGUGAGAUAGAGGAUCUUUCAUCAAAUCUUCUAAUGAUGAAAUUAUGUUUUUCCUACAUAAUACUUUUUUAAGAAGUAGAAAUUUUUUUUUCCUGUGUACAUAGCAAUUGAAAAACAUGUAAAAAUUUUUUUCUAUGAAAAUAAGGUUGAAAUUUGAAACUUCAAAAGCGCUUAACGUAUCUAUUUGAGAGAGCCGGAAAGUAUUCGCAUAUUUUGGCGAACGGCAACACGGCCACUGUUGUGGCCAGUCUAUUUGUCCUGCCUAUAAUCGUCAAGUAUCUAGUCCCGACGGGAACGGAGGAAGAGGUUUCAAUUUUUUUUCAACGGGAAACUACUUAAGAAGUUAUUUCAGUGGUCGCGAGUUUUUCUCAUGAUUGGCAUCAUAGUUUUCGUGAGCUCUAUUAUCUUUCUCAAACUGUCAACUGCAGCAGUGCCUGCGCUGUGGGCUCAGCUUCGACGCGUUUCUGUAGAAAACAUAGAAAUCCAAUAA